UCCCGCCCAUCCGCGGCCUGCAGGCCCCGCCGGACCGGCCGCCAGGUGGGGAGCCCCGGGCCGGGCUCCGACCCCGCCACCAACAGGAUUCUGAUUCCAGACCUUGGCUGGAUGGAGGAGGAGGCUGUGAGGAAGAUGCCCCAGGACACCCAGGCAGGCCCCAAGCUGAGGACAGAGAGCACAGAGGACAAAUCCCUCCAGCAGAGCCUGGUGGGAGAGUCUGUUUUGAACGGCUCCACGGCACAGGAAGUCACCGGGGAGGAAAAGCCACAGAGAUACCCAACAAGGAGGGGCUCCAAACCCAGCCCAGGGUGCUCCCAGGAGGAAAGACCCAGCCUGUGCCGGGAAGGCGGCUGGAGCUUGAGCCAGAGCUCCGACCUAGUGGUCCCUGAGCAGCCUCCCAGCAGGGAGAAGCCCUUCAGGUGCUUGGAAUGUGGGAAGAAUUUCAGUCACAACUGCAACCUGAUCCGCCACCAGAUGAUCCACAGGGGAAAACGACCCUACAGGUGCUUGGAAUGUGGGAAGAGCUUCAGAAAGAGCUCCAGCCUGAUCAGCCACCAGAACAUCCAUACUGUGGAGAAGCCCUACAAGUGCUUGGAAUGCAGGAAGAGCUUCAACCACAGAUCUGAACUGGUUCGCCACCAGAGCAUCCACACUAGGGAGAAGCCCUACAAGUGCUUGGAAUGUGGGAAGAGCGUCAGCCACAGUUCCAGCCUGAUCCGCCACCAGAUGAUCCACACGGGGGAACGGCCCUACAAGUGCUUGGAAUGUGGGAAGAGCUUCAGAGACAGCUCCACCCUGCUCCGCCAUCAGCAGAUCCACACCAGGGAGAAGCCUUACAAGUCCUUGGAACGCGGGAAGAGCUUCAACCACAGCUCUGAACUGGUUCGCCACCAGAGCAUCCGCACUGGAGAAAAGCCCUACAAGUGCUUGGAAUGUGGGAAGAGCGUCAGCCACAGUUCCAGCCUGAUCCGCCACCAGAUGAUCCACACGUGGGAACGGCCCUACAAGUGCUUGGAAUGUGGGAAGAGCUUCAGAGACAGCUCCACCCUGCUCCGCCAUCAGCAGAUCCACACCAGGGAGAAGCCUUACAAGUCCUUGAAAUGCAGGAAGAGCUUCAGCCACAGCUGGUGACCCACUGAAGUGCUGAGGCCUGAACAACAGACCCUGAGCCAAGGUUGACCUUUAGAUGAACCUUUCAACCUAAUGUUGUAUUAAGUCAUAUAUCCGCUUAUCAGCAAAAUCUAUGUAUGCUUGUUAGUAAAAUAGGUACUGUGAUAAGACUACACCUGUGUAAAUAUGUGUGCUUAUUAGUAAGAUAUAUUUUUGUUCUCUCAUUAGUGAAUAACAUUUGUAUCUGUUCAUUAAUGAAAUAUGUAUGAUUGUCAGCAAAAUAUGAGUAUAUUUAUCUUUCUGUAUUUAGAGACUAGUCAAGGCCAUGGAAGUAGAUCCCUGGCCUUGUUUGGCAGCAGAUGGUGCAGGAUGACUCCCUUGGUCUUAAGGUCUCCCUUAAGCCCUGACCAGGCUUUGGGUGAAACCCAAGGAGAGAAGGAAGCCAGAUGUUUUCCACACAUCUGUUGUGUAAGUUUGUUUGUUCAACAGUAUAAAAGCUGGACCCUCUCACAACAAAGAUGGAGACCUCCCCUAUGAUUGGAUGGCCUGCAUAGGACUUCUCAGAUCCUGAGAGGGGUUCUCUGACCCUUUGUUGUGACCGGGGUUCCCCAGGUGACCUGCAGGUCUGGAUGCUGGUAAUGUAUCAGGGUAACUGGUGAUUUCUUAGAGUCUGUAGGCAGUCUUUGUAGUAACAAUGAGGUGCAUUACUGAGCUUAUCUUUUUGCAAUUCUUUGCUGUUUUGCAUUAAAGUAACAUUACACACUUGUUCCUUAA